AUGGCUCCACCCAACAGCCACAGGACAGGGACCAUUAACUUCCGUGACAACAUGGCUCCACCCAACAGCCACAGGACAGGGACCAUUAACUUCCGUGACAGCAUGGCUCCACCCAACAGCCACAGGACAGGGACCAUUAACUUCCGUGACCACAUGGCUCCACCCAACAGCCACAGGACAGGGACCAUUAACUUCCGUGACAACAUGGCUCCACCCAACAGCCACAGGACAGGGACCAUUAACUUCCGUGACCACAUGGCUCCACCCAACAGCCACAGGACAGGGACCAUUAACUUCCGUGACAACAUGGCUCCACCCAACAGCCACAGGACAGGGACCAUUAACUUCCGUGACAACAUGGCUCCACCCAACAGCCACAGGACAGGGACCAUUAACUUCCGUGACAGCAUGGCUCCACCCAACAGCCACAGGACAGGGACCAUUAACUUCCGUGACAACAUGGCUCCACCCAACAGCCACAGGACAGGGACCAUUAACUUCCGUGACAACAUGGCUCCACCCAACAGCCACAGGACAGGGACCAUUAACUUCCGUGACAACAUGGCUCCACCCAACAGCCACAGGACAGGGACCAUUAACUUCCAUGACAACAUGGCUCCACCCAACAGCCACAGGACAGGGACCAUUAACUUCCAUGAAAACAUGGCUCCACCCAACAGCCACAGGGCAGGGACCAUUAACUUCCGUGACAACAUGGCUCCACCCAACAGCCACAGGACAGGGACCAUUAACUUCCGUGACAACAUGGCUCCACCCAACAGCCACAGGACAGGGACCAUUAACUUCCGUGACAACAUGGCUCCACCCAACAGCCACAGGACAGGGACCAUUAACUUCCGUGACAACAUGGCUCCACCCAACAGCCACAGGACAGGGACCAUUAACUUCCGUGACAACAUGGCUCCACCCAACAGCCACAGGACAGGGACCAUUAACUUCCAUGACAACAUGGCUCCACCAGACAGCCACAGGACAGGGACCAUUAACUUCCGUGACAACAUGGCUCCACCCAACAGCCACAGGACAGGGACCAUUAACUUCCGUGACAACAUGGCUCCACCCAACAGCCACAGGACAGGGACCAUUAACUUCCGUGACAACAUGGCUCCACCCAACAGCCACAGGACAGGGACCAUUAACUUCCGUGACAACAUGGCUCCACCCAACAGCCACAGGACAGGGACCAUUAACUUCCGUGACCACAUGGCUCCACCCAACAGCCACAGGACAGGGACCAUUAACUUCCGUGACCACAUGGCUCCACCCAACAGCCACAGGACAGGGACCAUUAACUUCCGUGACAGCAUGGCUCCACCCAACAGCCACAGGACAGGGACCAUUAACUUCCGUGACAACAUGGCUCCACCCAACAGCCACAGGACAGGGACCAUUAACUUCCGUGACAACAUGGCUCCACCCAACAGCCACAGGACAGGGACCAUUAACUUCCGUGACCACAUGGCUCCACCCAACAGCCACAGGACAGGGACCAUUAACUUCCGUGACAACAUGGCUCCACCCAACAGCCACAGGACAGGGACCAUUAACUUCCGUGACCACAUGGCUCCACCCAACAGCCACAGAACAGGGACCAUUAACUUCCGUGACAACAUGGCUCCACCCAACAGCCACAGGACAGACACCCAUUAA